UGGAGCAAAAAAAAAACGGAGCAGGUCCACGCCUUUCAACUGCACUUCGCGUUGGAGAAGAGAAAAGCGGUGGUUGUUGUGUUUGGGAUGAUGCCUGGGUAACCUUCUGCUGUCACAUGAACGCUGUGGAGCUGUGCAGCUUUUGCAGGGACCGCAUCUUGUUGUAAUCCAGCUCAUGGUCGGCUUCGGGGUGGAGGGGGGGGGGAAUUAAUUUGUGCACCGAUGAUGCACUACUCAAACUGGCUUGUCGGCGUGAAAAACAGGGCAAGCCUCCGAAAUGCGUGCAAAACACCCCCGAACAGCGACUGGAACAAUAGGGGAAAUGUUGUGGACGUGAAAAACAACAACCCGGGGACGAAUGAAAAGACGUCCGAGCGGAAUAUCGCGCAGCACCUCUGGAGAAAAGGCUACAAAAUCAUCAAAAAGAUCGGCGAGGGAACAUUUUCCGAGGUGGUGAAAACUCAGAGCCUGAAAGAUGGAAAGUUCUACGCAUGUAAAACCAUGAAGCAGACUAUAAACAGUCUGGAGCAGGCCAACAACCUGCGGGAAGUCCAGGCUAUGAAGAGACUGAGCCCGCAUACAAAUAUCAUCCAGCUCCAUGAACUGAUUUUUGACAAGGAAACUGGAACAGUGUCUUUGAUUUGUGAGCUGAUGGAGAUGAACAUCUAUGAGUUCAUACAAGGGAGAGAAACACCACUGCCUGACCAUACAGUAAAGAACUACAUGUACCAGCUUUGCAAGUCCCUUGAACAUAUGCACAGCUGUGGGAUCUUUCAUAGAGACGUGAAGCCCGAGAACAUCCUCAUCAAACAAAGCGGUCUGAAGCUGGGCGACUUCGGCUCAUGUCGGAGCGUGUACUCCAAGCCCCCGCACACGGAGUACAUCUCCACACGCUGGUACAGAGCCCCCGAGUGCCUCCUCACCGACGGAUACUACAGCCUCAAGAUGGACAUGUGGAGCGCUGGAUGUGUCUUCUUUGAGAUCAUGAGUUUGAAUCCUCUCUUCCCUGGGACCAACGAGCUGGACCAGGUCGCCAAGAUCCACGAUGUGUUGGGGACUCCAGAUCACGGCAUCCUCAAAAAAUUCAAGCAGUCCAGAGCGAUAAACUUCAACUUCCCCCCUAAAAAAGGCAGCGGCAUCUCCCGGUUAGUCCCUAAUUGCCCGGCUCCAGCUCUGUCUCUGCUCUAUCAGAUGCUCGCCUAUGACCCGGAUGAACGCAUCACUGCAGAAACCGCCCUGCGACACACAUACUUCAGAGAAAUCAGGCUGGCAGAGAAGAAAUCAGGACCUCUUCACAGACUGUCAGACACUAUUGAUGGAGUAGAUGGUAGUGGGACACACAACUCCUUAGACCACAUCUGGCGUCCGGCCAGAGUUGGAAAACAGCUGAGGGGAAGACACACGAGGCAAACGCCUUUAAUGAGCCACAACAUGAAGCAUGUAGCAGAGACCCUCAUCAGAAGGAACAUCCCCCAUUAUCCCGCGGAGCUGCCCAAGCUCAACAUGGUAGUUCCAGGACCGCAGAUCUCCUUCCCUGCCUCCACGAUGCCUGUGUUCCCGGUCACCCACCGGGGCACGCUGCCAAUCAUCCCGUCAAAAAAGUGCCAGUCGAGGUUGGCCAAGCCCCGGGAUGAGUCACACCGUGCAGCUUUCAAGACCUACUGCAUGCCACCGCUGGAUAGGAAACAUGGAGGCUACUGAGAGCCAAAGACAGGGUUUGGUUCAGAUUCACCUCUCGGAAACAGGAUGGACCAGAUAAACAGAUUGUUAGGAGGACAAUGUCUGGACAGGCCUGAUGUCGGAAUCUGUAAAGCAACACAAACAUACAAAGGAAGACCGCCAAGCCUGUCAAGAGAAACUGAUGAACCGUCACUGUAAUGAUCUGUAAAACCAACAAUAACAGAGUCUGUCGUAUUA